GUCUGCGGACGCCUUCCCUGGAGCAGGAGCUGUCAACCCCCGCGCUCUGUUCCCUUUUGCGUGGUAACCAAUAAAGGUUUGUUCGUACCGCAGGUCCGUGUCCUUUUUUUUUUUUUUUUUUUUUAACUCUGAAGCUGCAUACGUCUUUCGGGGCGCGGGAAUUUGCCGACCUUCCGAAUGCUCCACGUGCGGUCACUCGUGUCAUGCGUGCCCCGCGCCUUGGCCGGCUCUCUGGCCGGUAGCUGCCUGGCGGACCGCUGCCUCUGGGAUCGGCUCCAUGCCCAGCUGCGGCCCGGCAGCGCCCCCACCUUCGACUGGUUCUUUGGAUAUGAGCAAGUCCAGGGACUGCUACUGCCGCUGCUGCAGGAGGCACGGGCUGCCGGUCCACCGCGGGUGCUGGACGUGGGCUGUGGGACCUCGGGCUUGUGUACAGGCCUCUACACCAGGUCCCCACACCCCGUGGACGUGCUGGGAGUGGACUUCUCUCCCGUGGCCGUGGCUCACAUGAACAGCCUCCUGGAAGGGAGCCAAGGCCAAACACCGCUGUGCCCUGGGCACCCCGCUUCCCGGCUGCACUUCGUGCAAGCUGAUGCUCAGAACCUGGGGCCUGUGGCUGCGUCGGGCUCCUUCCAGCUAGUGCUGGACAAGGGCACUUGGGAUGCUGUUGCCCGGGGUGGCCUGCCUGGGGCUUACCGGCUGCUCUCCGAAUGCUUGAGGGUCCUGAGCCCGCAGGGGACCCUGAUUCAGUUUUCAGACGAGGACCCUGAUGUGCGGCUGCCCUGCCUGGAGCAGGGGUCCCCCGGUUGGAACGUGACUCUGCAGGAGCUGGGCCCUUUCAGGGGCAUUACCUACUUUGCCUACUUGGUCCAAGGCGCUCAUUAAAAAACACUUCCGUUUUGACCCUGGCCUUUCAGUUGGUCAAGCA